AUGGACAUCGACGUACAACCAUCCGAUGACCUGGCAAUAACACCUCUUCCUUUCUCUAUUAUCCCAAGCAUACCUCCUUCACCAGAAGACUACACCCUUCACCGCUCACAACACACACCAAUCAUCAUCGACAAUGGGUCAACCAACCUACGAUGGGGAUUUGCUACGUCCUCCGAACCGCGGUAUGGGCCGAAUAUUGUGGCCAAGUACCGCGAAAGGAAGACAAAUCACCCACUGAUGCUUUUUGGGGAUGCGGUCGAAGUGGAAAGUGGGGCAAAGACACAGGCUAAAACCCCUUGGGAAGGCGAUGUGCUGCUUAAUUUUGACGCGUUGGAAAACGCGCUGGACUAUGCCUUUGUUCAACUUGGAAUUGAUACACCUACAGUGGACCAUCCGGUGUUGAUGACUGAAAGGCUCUGUUCGCCUGUUCAUUCCAGAGCUCUAACAUCCGAAUUAAUGUUUGAACAAUACUCUGUUCCCUCGCUUGCCUACUGCGUGGACGGAAUAAUGUCCUUUUAUCAAAAUAGCCAGUUUUCAGGACAGCCGUUUGUUUCGGAUGGUCUCGUCAUUUCGUUCAACACUGCUUCGACAAGUGUUAUCCCCAUCCUGAAUGGAAGGGGAGUCUUGAAUAAUGCAAAAAGAAUACCAUGGGGUGCAUCGCAAGCAACUGACUAUCUCCUCAAACUUAUCCAGAUGAAAUACCCCAAUUUCCCUACCCGAGUCUCUGUCGCUCAGGCCAAUUGGAUGUUCCGCACAUUUUGCUCCGUAUCUACGGACUACCUCUCCCUCCUGCGCUCAUUUGAAGACCCUUCCAUUCUUCGCUCGCAUCAAAAAAUAAUACAAUUUCCCUUCCUUCUGAAUUCGAACCCUUUAACUGGAGGCGCGGCUGGAAAUGGGGAUGAAAAGACGGAGGAGGAAUUAGCGAGGAUUACGGAGAGGAGAAGGGAACAGGGUCGAAAGUUGCAGGAGAUCGCGGCUCGGAAUCGGAUAGAGAAGUUGCAACAAAAAGAAUCAGACCUCACAUACCUCCUGUCGCUCCGGGAUAACUACUCCUCUUCCGCAACUAAACGUGAAUGGGACAGGAAACUCAGAGAGGAAGGGUUUGAUGACGAGGAGACUUUCGAAGACACUUUGAAAAAGUUAGAGGCGGAUGUUAAAAAGGGGAGAAAGAAGGAGAAAGAAAAGGAAGGAGGGACUGUAGACGGUGAAGAUGUCGACGAACCAAUGGAAGAACCAUCAUUCCCUCUUGUCGAUAUCCCAGAUGCCGACCUCGACCCUUCCUCCCUCGCCGAGAAGAAGAAACAAAAGCUUCUCAAAGCUGGCUACGAAGCCCGACUUCGUGCACGCAAGGAGCGCGAACUCAAAGCAAUCAAAGAUCGCGAAGAGAAAGCCGAGCGAGAAAAACAAAGAGAACUUGAGGAGAAACUGGAUUCUGAGGCUCGCGAAGCAGAUCUGGAAGGCUGGGCGAGAAAAUUGAAGGGAGAGCAGGAGGCUCUAAUGACCCGGAUCAAAGACCGUGCCAAACGUAGAGCCGCAAUGAGUGACCGGAAGAGCGCGGCCAAGCAGGAGAGGAUGAAGAAUAUCGCGAAUCUGGCCGCUGCUGAUGAAAAGAUGCUUGGGGGUUCUGGGACUUCGAAGAAAGGGGGAAAAGGAACGGGUAAGGGAGUAGGCAAGGGCACGGGGAAAGGGAGAAAGGGAAACGCAGAAGAUAUGUUUGGUGCAGAUGAUGCUGAUUGGGCUAUAUACCGAAAAAUCAACACGACAACCACAAUCUCCUCCGAUGAAGAAGAAGACCUGGCGCAACUACAGCAAAUUGAACACAAACUUCUUACGCACGACCCGACGUUCACAAACCAACAUACUCAUGCGUCGAUUGUCUCACAACGGUCGGCUCUGUUAAACGCGUUCAGACCUGUCUAUGAGGAAGGUGAUGGGGCAGGCAACACCCGUAUCCACCUAACAACCGAACGCUGGCGCGUCUGCGAGGCAUGGUUUUCCCCCUCAAUCGCCGGAGUCGACUCCGCCGGUUUAGGAGAAGUGAUCCAGAAUAUAUUGUCAAGGUUUGGAGAGGAAGAGAAGGGAAGAUUAGUCAAGAACAUCUUCCUCUCCGGCUCCCCCUCCCAAAUUCCCGACAUCGCACCACGUCUCUACUCCACCCUCCGCCCACUAUUUCCUGUGGAGAUGCCGAUAGAGAUCAGAUCAGCAAACGACCCGGCGCUGGAUGCGUGGAGAGGAAUGGCCAAAUUCGCGAAAACGGAGGAGUUCGCGACGGUCGGAAUGUCCAAGGCGGAGUACGAGGAGAUGGGUGGAGAGAGAUUGAAGCGAUGGUGGGGGAGUAAUUGGAAUGGAGGGUUUUAG